UCGAGAAGGCGCGAGCAAAAUUGCGGAGGGGGUCGACGAUCCGUGCUCCGACAUGCCGCAGGUAUCAACGGCGCGCUUGUGUAGGCGGAGGAGACGUUCCUCGCAACCGGCGAUUGCUGGAUUCGAUCACGACAUCGAGUUGAAAUCGAUUUACUGCGAACCAACCACCGAAGAGGAAGAGGAGGAGGAAGAAGAAGAGGAGGUGGAAGAAGAGGAGGAGGAUGAGGAGGAAGAAGAAGAAGAAGACGAAGACGAGGAGGAGUUUGCUCCUGAAUCCUCCAUGGAGGAGCAGGAGGAAGACUUCGAUCAGCACCGGGAAAACUGGGAGAUCUCAUUCGGCAAAGGCCGGUUUGACUUCGAAGCUCUGACGAUGCUGAGCCCGAUGCUCUUCACACACUGCUCGCCGAGCCGCAUCCCAGAAGAAGCCAUCCUUUCCAAGACACUUCAGAUAUACUCCAUCAAAAUCGCCAAGACAAAACACCUCAAGUGGCCACUUCAAGUGUACGGCGUCGUUGCCGCUCGAGACUAUGUGGAUCACAGACGCAAUAUUGUCUUCUUUCGUCGAAGGAUUCACAGCCAAACCCUCACCAAGAAAGAUCCUUAUCUGCACUUGACUGGCCCAUGUCGCGCACUCAUGUGCCGCGAUCCCGUUCACAUAGAAUUCCAACUCAAAGUGAAGGGACAAUCUCGGUCCCAGGAUAGGACGCUCAUCACUCGACCCGUGCAGAUGUACAAUCCUUCCUGGCACGAUUGGUGUUACAGGUGCUUCUCCAACUACCUCUGCAAAAUAGAGCUGUGCUUCGAACAACUUGGCUGGUCACGCCAGGCCACCAUCUUGUCUGCCCGUGUUACCCAAGGGUCACCUUUCAAACACGGCGGGCAAAUUGUUUGCCGCGCCUCGCCUUGCGAGGACGAUCCUAACAAGGAAAUCGUGCUGUAUGAUUCAAAGUAUGGAACAAUGGAUAUGAUGGAACCCGAUGUAACAAUGUCGAUCGAUUCAGAUGGUUACCUUCAACUGUCGAGGCGCGUUGUUUCUGUACGAGGAAGGCUCAAAUUUUUCAUCUACACCUACUCCCGCGCUGGUGCUAUCGCUGCUAGUGGCCGUGUCUUGUUCAAAGCUAAGGAUUGCCAAACAAGCCAGGCUACAUGUAUCCUUCACAACAACAAGCCAUCCAAAGGGAAGAAUACCUCUUCUAAAGUGAAGAUUACUGUUGCUUGGUCCCGCUUGGUUAGAAGCAUAAAUGAUAUCGGCCCACAAUCCUUUGACAAUCGUCUCCUGCUUGGCUAUAAGGAUAUCUGA